AUGGCGCCCUGGCGCCCAGGCGCGCGGCUCCACGGCGCGACCCACCGCGUCCAGCGCCCUCGCGUGAAGAAAGAAGUUGUCAAGAAGUCCCUCGACCGCAAGAGAAUGCUCCACCACUAUCCGCACCGCCACGUCCAGAUCGCUUGCCACGGCAGGGCCCCGCGCCGCUCGCCGUGGCGGUGCGUGGAUCCCCUCUGGACGGAUCGGGAGGACCUGGACACCGCCAUCGAGGACGUGGCCAAGGACGCCGCGGCGGAGGCUGAGAAGACCGCUGCCGAGGAGGCCGCCAGGGGCGGUGCCGAGGAAGCCGGCAAGGCCACCGCCGAGGGAGCCGGCAAGGCCAUUGCUGAGGAGGCCGGCAAGGCCGCCGCCGAGGAGGCCGGCAAAGCCACCGCCAAAGAGGCCAGCACGGGGUCUGCCAGGGAGGCCGGCAAGGCUGCCGCCGAGGAGGAAGGGGAGGUGGCCGAUGGCCAGCCUUCUUCCUCCGCUGCUUCCGGCUCCGAGGUGGAAAAGCUCAUCGUGCAGCGGACCCAAGAGCUGGAGCAGAGGCACAGAGAGGCGCUCGAUGCUCAGGCUUUGGUCUACGCCGGCAAGGUGAAGGAGCUGGAAGCAGAGCGGGAUGGGCUGAAAGGCCAGGCCCUGAGGUUGGCCGAGGAGAAGGACACGCUCAACAGCGCUCUGACGGAGGCGCAAAGUGCCAUUCUCGACAAGGCUGAGCAGCUUUCCAAGGCCAAUGACUCCAUCAAGGACCUGACGCUGAAGCUGGAGGCCCUUGAGGAGAUGCUCUCGGAGGCCAAGGCCCGGGAGGGGACCCUGGCCAAGGAGUUGGAGACCGAGAGGCAGCUGCGGAAGGACGAGGCCGCCAUCCACAAGGAUUUCGUGGAUGAGCGCAGCGGGUCCACCCGCGCCAAGCUGACCCUAUUCUUCGAGGUUGUCCUCGGUGCCUUGGAGCAGCUCAAGUCCAAUCGGGAAAGCACCUUGGCCGACGAGUCCCGGCGGAUGUGCCUGGGAGCCAUGACCAAGGUCCUCACCAAACUGGCCUUCCGGUACCCGGACCUCGACUUCAACGACGCGGUGGACACUUGCCGGAAGACGCGGACCUCUCUGGGAUUGAGGAGCGCAUCGAGCCCGUCACCAGCCGCAUCGGCGGAAUCAAGAGGGUGGAGGGCCAGCGCCGGGACUAGGUGCUCCGUUUUCUGUUGCCGCUGCGAGUUCAUGACCAAGAAAAUUCAUAUCUUUAGUUAG